AUGUCCUCUUUUCUUGCACGCCUGCUUUAUCGUGGUACGCCUCAACAACCACCAGUGGAUCUCGUUGCAACCGAGCAAGGUGCUGAAACGUCCAUUUCACCCACGCUGCUCGAUGCGCCACCUGUCCCGUUCGCAGCGCCACCUAUUCGGACGGUCAACCGCCCCAUCGUGCCAGAUAUCUCCAGUCUCCUCGAGUCUUACUCCUCUAGUGAGCCCGAAGGUCUGAGACCGCCACGCCGUGCGAAGCAGGCAGGCGCAAGCCGCUUCACUCACUCGGAAGGCCGAAGCCAUGACCAGACAGUCUUCCGAGACACCGGCAACCUUCCGCGCCCCGUGUCGUCCUCGUCUUCGACUUCCUCAAAGUCGCCUUCUCGAAGAGCCCUUCCCGCAGAUAUCGUGUCUCUGAGCCCAAGCAGACGCAGUCUCUCGCGUUUCUCCCGCCAGCUCGUGUCAGUCUCGCCGUGGGCAACAUUUGGCCGACAUCGUGAAGGCGACCUAGCGACACAGGGACAGCCAGUACCUCCGCCAUCUGCCUGGACCGCGCGCAUAGCCAGUGUCGAAUCUCUCGCUCCUCGGAGAUCGUCUAGCAGCAAGCGGAAGCCCGCUCACUCGAAGCAGAGUUCGUCUGCGUCUCUGUCGCGUUUUGCGAGUCCGUCUCGCGCAUCCUCUGACGCUCUCCCGUCGCGCUCUGUCGCUUCCGUUGCAUCCGAGGGAAGCUCACCUUCAGGGCAUGAUGACGACGAUCGCGACUACGUUCACGCUUCGACUUCGCAGCAUCAAGCUUAUUUCUUCCCUCACGAUUCCAACACAUCUACGAAUUCACGAUUGCAAACGACUCGUUCUUCACACUCGGUGUCUCAUAGUUUCGUUGUCGGCACUCCGCAUACGUUCGGAAACCCAUCUCCACUAGCUAAUUUUCCUCUGCGCGAUCGGCGCCCCUCCGAAUCGUCUCCACGGCCUCCUCUCCCCCCAUUGGAACAUCCUGAACUUGUCUUAGCGCUUGGCUCUCGCUCUGACGUUGACAUAUCUCGACAGGCGAGUGCAAAUAAGACGAAAGCCAGUCCUCGGAAAUAUCCCAAGUGGACAGCAGGUCUGCAGGCGAGCACGUAUCCCAGACGGCGUCACAAGACUGCAGAGAAUAUACCCCCGCUUCCAGGUCGGACAAUCCGCCCUGCGACCUCACCCCCCUUGCGCCGGCACGCCAGUCUGCCCAAAGCCCAGCGUGUGUUCCACGCUCCUCAAGAGGACUGUACAGCUGAUUUUUCUACUUCUCGAAGACGCACGAGUGCAGAGUGGAAUGCUCAACAAGCCAUCGCCGGCGUGACCGCGCUCAUGCCGAGUGAAUUUGGAUGGCCUGCCGAAGUCGCGCAACACUUGCUGAAGCUGUCCCUCGGCGAGGACACCGGGCAGUUCGGCGUCGCUAGGCACAGGGACGUCCGGGGCCGGCCGGAAAAUGCCGAGCCUCGUGGUACCCAGGUGGCAUCGCAGUCAGAAUCGCCAUGUCCUUGUUAUCCGUCUUCCUUUAUACCCGCUCUCUCUGAACCACCGUCUCUUCAGCCGUCAACCGCUCAGGAAGGUAGAGACUCACACACUGUGCACCGUAUGCCUUUGCUGACCUGGACUGCAACUCUAGCGGCUGAGAGCCACGACGGCCGUGAUUUAUUGCAUGCUAUGGAUACCCCCGCUUCGAUCAAGCCUCAAAAUCCCAACAAGGAUGAUGGCAAGGCGUCGAAGCUAGAUGACGCGACUGGCACGUUGAGGAGGUCAGCGAGUGCUUCUGGUCGCGGCGAUACAAUGGGUAGGACGCGCGCCAAACGUGCUUUUCAUAAGAGCGCUCCUUCACCUCUCGGUUCCCCUUCAAAAUCCGUGGAGGCUGGUCCAUCCUCUUCGCUUCCACCUUCGCCCUUAUCAACACCUUCUCCCCCGUCAAGAAGGCGGUCGACUCACAGGCCAUCUCGUUGGGCCAGCGAGCCCGGUUUGAAGUCGGUCCCCGAGACACCAACCAACACCAAAGGGAAACGAAAGGCCGAGGAGCUCGAUAUCACUCCGCCUGAUCAGAAGAACGGACAUCGAGCUACGUUUUUGAUUCCCGAGGAAAAUCGACGGCCUCACCGCUUGUCUGAGAGCUCCCGAGCCCCGUCGUCCUAUCAUAGAAAGCGUGCACGACUGGCGGCAUCAUCUCCUGCUUCAUCGCCUUCAAGACCUGGCUCCGGCAUAUCCGCCGCUAACGCAGCCUCGUGGCCCAGCAGGACAACCGGUUCACCACUACACCGUACCGGCUCACACGCUGCCUCCGCUGGAUCCAUGCCCCGCGCAGAGUCCCUUGCUAGCAAGCGCACCGACCGGCGACAUAGCGUGUCGGAGCAGUCUAUACCCAUUAGCGCCCUCAUCGCGCCGCACGCGCCGUCCAUCGGGCGCUCGAGCGCAUACCAUAUGCGCGACCCCCGCAAGCCACCAAAGGUCCAGCGCACGGAGUGGAUCCCUCAUCUCAAGUCGGAAGAGGAGGAAGCGUCGCCGCUGCAUGCGUGGUGCUUCUUUAUUGGAUUCAUCUUAUUCCCAGUGUGGUGGAUCGUGUCGUUCUGCCCCAUCCCACAGACCCGGCAGGUGGGUGGGUCGGAUACAGAGAAGGCGGUUACACUGGACGAUCCGCAGGUUGAACAUGGUGUGUACUUUUGGCGGGUUUACGCUUGA